UCUGAACUGAAGCCCUAGGCCAUGACAACCACCAUGAUGACUCGGGGUUAUUGCUGUUACUGUAACUAUGGAGACUGGAGCAGGAGCUAGGCAUCAGUACUAGCGUAACUGCUUAAUAGGAAGAGGAGAAGAAGAGAAGAAACCCUAACCCUAGAAAUCAUGGUUUGCAUUAGAAAGGCCACCAUUGACGACCUGCUGGCGAUGCAGGCUUGCAACCUACUCUGCCUCCCUGAGAAUUACCAGAUGAAGUACUACUUCUAUCACAUCCUCUCCUGGCCUCAGCUCCUCUACGUCGCCGAAGACUAUGGCGGCCGCAUCGUCGGCUAUGUUCUGGCCAAGAUGGAGGAGGAAAGCACCGAGUGCCAUGGUCAUAUCACCUCCCUUGCUGUUCUCCGUACUCAUCGCAAGCUUGGCCUCGCCACCAAGCUCAUGACCGCUGCUCAGAACGCCAUGGAACAGGUAUUCGGUGCUGAAUAUGUCUCGCUCCAUGUCCGCAAGAGCAAUCGUGCUGCGUUCAAUUUAUAUACCGAGACGCUCGCUUACAAGAUUCAUGACGUCGAGGCCAAGUACUAUGCUGACGGGGAAGAUGCCUAUGAUAUGAGGAAGCAGCUGAAAGGAAAGCAGAAUCAUCACCACCACCAUCACGGCGGUUGUUGCUCGGGUGAGGCUAAGAAUGAGGAGGUGAAAGCUAAUUCUUCUGGAUGAUGAUUGAGGGAUAAUGCUGUUGAAUUGAAGAAAGCUCCAUUUGUUCCACAGUUACGCAAUGAACUUUGAGGAAAGAGUUGAACAUGGGCCAAACUUUCUGUAGAACAAAUUAGUACAAAAAGGAGUAUGUUUUUCAAGAAAUAUAUUGAUUUUGAGAUGCAUAAGUUGUUCAUUGAAUAAUUGCUCCCGACUCACUGAGUUGAGGAGAGUUUCAAGUUUAGAGUGAAGAAAUGUUUCCCUAUUUCGAUUUACAAAAUAUAAUAGAUUCUAUAUGCUCUGUGUUGUGGAAAG